UGCCGCGCACAGCCAGCUGGUAGUUGUAGUUUUUAUUCCGUCUAUGUGACUGCUGUGCAGCAAGCGGAAAACUACAACACCCGUCAGCCCCGGGUGGGUGCGCGGCUCGGUGACCAUGGCGCUGUGUAAGUGAGGGAACGAGAGCAAGAUAGGAACCCGGCGGGACACUGGAUACUGGGACACCGGAGACCAUGGGCUCCCGGCUGAAACAAAACCCAGACACCACAUUUGAAGUGUACAUUGAAGUGAACCGGCCAGGAUCAACUGAUGAAGAUCCUGAGCUGCAGAGGAUCUUCCCUGAAGACUUCAGUGACCAGGAAGUUCUGCAGACUGUCACGAAGUUUUGCUUUCCAUUCAGCUUAGACAGCCUCACCUCCAGCCAUGUUGGACAGAACUUCACAUUUGUACUAACUGACAUUGACAGCAAGCAGAGGUUUGGCUUCUGCCGGUUAUCUUCAGGCGCUAAAAGCUGCUUUUGUAUCUUAAGCUACCUCCCAUGGUUUGAAGCGUUUUACAAACUGCUGAACAUCUUGGCAGAAUACUCCUCGAAAAAUCAGGACUCCCAACGCAAUGAACUCCUUAAAACUCUUCAUGGACAUCCAAUUCCAGAACCUGGAACGCCUAUGCACCUGAGUGUGCAUUCCCAUUUUACAGUGCCUGAUUCUCAAGAAUUGCCCAGUAUACCAGAGAAUAGAAAUCUGACAGAAUACUUUGUGGCCGUAGAUGUGAAUAACAUGCUGCACCUCUACGCUAGUAUGUUAUAUGAAAGAAGAAUCUUGAUUUGCUGCAGCAAACUCAGCACGCUUACUGCCUGCAUUCAUGGAUCUUCCGCUAUGCUCUUCCCGAUGUACUGGCAACAUGUUUACAUCCCAGUUCUUCCUCCACACCUGCUGGACUACUGCUGUGCUCCUAUGCCAUACCUAAUAGGAAUACACUCAAGCUUAAUGGAGAAGGUGAAAGGGAUGAGUCUGGAUGAUGUAGUGUUUUUGAAUGUAGACACCAAUACCUUGGAGACACCGUUUGAUGACCUUCAGAACUUGCCCAAUGAAGUGGUCUCUGCAUUGAAAAAUCGUAUUAGAAAAAUGUCCACAACCACUGGAGAUGGAGUGGCUAGGGCUUUCCUGAAGGCCCAAGCAUCUCUGUUUGGUAGCUACAGAAAUGCACUCAAAAUUGAGCCAGAGGAACCUAUCACCUUUUGCGAGGAAACAUUUGUUUCCCAUCGCUCCAGUGGGCUGAGGCCGUUCCUUCAGAAUGCAAUCCAGCUACAGCUGUUCAAGCAGUUCAUAGACGGGAGACUGGAUUUAUUGAACUCUGGAAAUGGAUUCAGUGAUGUUUUUGAGGAAGAAAUCAACAUGGGUGAAUAUGCAGGUAGUGAUAAACUGUAUCAUCAGUGGCUUUCGACAGUAAAGAAGGGUAGUGGGGCUUUCAUCAACACAAUGAAGACCAGAGCCAAUCCAGCCAUGAAGACAGUCUACAAGUUUGCUAAAGAUCAUGCGAAAAUGGGAAUCAAAGAGGUGAAAAACCGAUUGAAACAGAAGGAUAUGGCUGAAAAUGGAUUUUCUACGGCUACAGAAGAGCCUCUCCCUCAAAUAUCCCCUUCAUCUAUUGAAAAAAAAAGAGGAGAGGAAAGAAGACCAAUCACAGUGCAUUUUGGACAGCAAGAAAAGAUUCCUCCACCACGACCACCUCCUCCCAGGAUCCAGCGGUCCACUACACCCGUCCGCCCACCCCGGCCUCAUGUGCCCCGACGUCCCAAAAGUAAUGCAGUGGUAGAGAGUCGCACAACAGCCGGAUCUAGCCCUGACCACAUUGUAAAACCUACCCGUCACUAUACUGUUUUUCUCUCUGAAGAUUCUUCUGAUGAUGACUUCCUGCAGGAGGAAGACCCUGUCUCUGCUUUUUCUGAAAACUUUAUCUUCUCUGCUCCUUUUGAAUGGCCUCAACAGUAUCGAACCUUGAAGGAAUCUGAUGCUGACGGGGAUGAAGCAAUUAGCCCAGAGAAGGAUAGCAGUGAAGCAACAGUUAAAGAACCACAGAGUACAGAGGUCAAACACGUUAGUCUUCUAGAAGAUAUAUUCAGUAAUUUACAAACGGAACCACCACUGUUGAGCCAAGCCAAGAGUUUAGAAGAUCUCAGAACUCCCAAAGAGGACCAUGAAAACCAAUUCACUUUUGAUUACCAGAGAAUGGAUUUAACAGCUCAAGAAAGGACUCGUACUAUACCCGCAAUGAAACAUGGCCAUCCAUAUAACAAGCUAUGGAGCAUGGGACAUGAUGACAUGGCGAUCCCUAACAAGUAUCUUCAAAUCUCACCUGAACGACACCUAACCCUUCCCAGCAAUAGCACAGUCACGCCUCACAAGGACAGUGCAUUAACAAAUAUAGAGAAAGAGGUAACAAUAGCCAGCUCCCAGGGAAACAUCACAAUUCCUCGGCCACAUGGGCGCAAAACUCCAGAAUUAGGGAUUGUCCCACCACCCCCUGCACCAAGAGGAAUAAAACUGCAGACUGCUAUGACAGACGCCAACAAACAACAGACUGGAGACAGCAGCAACUACCAUGGACAGAUUACUGAAGGUUCACUUAGGGAACUAUCAGCAGACAAUGGAGAAAAGGAGACUGCAGGGUCGAGCACAUCAGAGAUAUUGAAGCCUGUCAAGGUAUCUACAGAGGUUGGAAUGAAUGAUGAUGAUCUUCUAAGCCUCUUGGAUCCUUUAAAAGCUGGCCGGUAUCAAACUGCCAGCCAGCCUCCAAUGGGCACAUUACCGCACAGCUUUGAAACUCCCUGUUGCUCAAGCACUCCCUUGUUAACAUCACUACAAAGUGAUUUUGUGAGCCCAGCCUUCUCCCAUCAGCUGGGUUUUGCCCCACAACCUGCAUUUCUCCACUCCCCUCUUAAUCCAUUUGCCCAAGCACUGGCAGCAGAAAAAACAGCCUCUGUAAUGGGACCCCCUAUGGGGGUAUUUAAAGCACCAGUUGCAACUGCUCUUGGUUCACAUUCAUUCCUCCCUACCCCUGGCAUAUACCACAGUCCUAGACCUCUCACGUCUGCAUUGCAAGGAAGUAAUCUUUUUGGUCAAAUUUCAUCAGGCACGCCACUUAACCCUGUAAUACGCCAGAGUCACAGCCUCUCUGAAACACAGAGCAACAUGCCACUCAUGACCAGCAUCCCUGCUGGGCACAGAACUUUACCCAUGGUUCAGUCCCGCUCUAAACACCAGGACGGCAAGCCCAGAGAAUAUCCACCAAUCCCCCCUAGGCCUGCUAAACUGUUAGAACCAGCCCUGCUCCCAACAAAGUCAGACCAACCUAUAGAUCCAUUUGAAGAUCUGCUUAAUAAGACCAAGCAAACAGUAACACCAGCAUCAGGCAAAGUGGAACACCUUCGGAAGCAGUGGGAGACUUUUGAAUGAUAAUUCUCAGGAUCAUGGUUCUGUAUUACAAAACACGAGGAUUUGGUCUGAAAGAAAAUGUCAGAUGUCAAUAAUGUGGGAUAAUCAUAAUAUCAAUUAUUCAGUGAUACAUAUCAGACCUACAACUUUGCAAUUAAAGUGUUUAAUAUCACGGAA